AUGCAUUAUGCGCUUGUCAAUGCUGUGAAGCAAUCAGAAUCUGUACAAAUAUGUGGAGACUUUAAGCGUCUCAACAAAUUCAUGGUGGUAGACCAGCACCCGAUUCCACACCUGUCUGAUAUUUUCACUGUUCUCGUGGGAGGGCAAAAAUUCUCUAAGUUAGAUUUGUCAGAUGCGUAUAAUCAAUUGGAACUGGAUUCGGAAAGUCAGAAAAAUUUGGUGAUAAAUACGCACAAAGGCUUAUUCAAAUUUCGUCGAUUACCAGUUGGAGUGAGCUCUGCACCUGCUAUAUUUCAAAGAGUAAUGAAUAAGAUGUUAAAGAAUCUCAAGAAAACUGCUAAUUUCUUUGAUGACAUUUUGGUGACAGGGUCCGAUGAUGAAGAACAUCUGAAAAACUUGUCUGAAGUGUUCAAGCGUAUCAGAGAUCAUGGCCUUCGUUUGAAGGAAGAUAAAUGUUCAUUCUUUCAGCCAUCGGAGCUUACCUCACUACAAGUUCUAGCAAUGUACAAUCAGGAUCAACCGUUGUUCCUAGCAUGUGAUGCUAGUGAAAAAGGACUAGAAGCUUGUAUAUCUCAGCAUAAUGCUGAGGGACAAGAGCAACAACUUCAGAAAUACGUUAGGAAAGAUGCCGUCUUACAAGAAAUCAUUCAAUACAUUCAGGAAGGAUGGCCAGUAGAAUUAUCUAAUGCAAGCGUCAAACCGUAUUCUUCUUGCAAAGAUCAACUUUCAGUUAUUGAUGGAUGCCUUUUGAAGCAUGGAGAUGAAACAAUGCGCAUUGUCGUACCAUCUGCCAUUAGGCAAUUGCUUCUGCUGCAGUUGCAUAGAGCUCAUGUGGGCUCCGCCCGCAUGAGGAAACUGGCUCACCGACAUAUCUGGUGGCCAGGUAUUGACCGUGAUAUUGAUAAAAUGGUACGCAAUUGCGAUGCGUGUGCCUUACACAGAAAUAGUCUUCCAACAGUUCCUCUUCAUCUGUGGGAAUUUCCGGACAGACCUUGGCAAUGUUUCUACCUUCAUUUUGCGGGACCGUUCAAGAAUUUUAUGUGGCUCAUAGUUGUUGAUGCCCAUUCAAAAUGGCCAGAGGAUUUUAAAUUUCAAGUUGGAUCAAGCGGAACAAAGCAAGUAAUAUCGUCAUCAAAACACCUAAUUGCGAGUUUUGGAAUUCCAAAGCAAAUCGUCACCGACAAUGGCCCUCAGUUUGUGGCGAAAGAGUUUCAAGAUUUCUGUAAUCAGCAAGGAAUCUUUCACAGUUUAACACCUCCUUACCACCCUAAAAGUAAUGGACAUCCAGAAAGAUUCAUUCAGCCGUUUAAGAGAGCAGUCCGAAAAGGAUUAGAAACACCAGAAGCAAAUCUGCAAGACGUUGUUACUGACUUUCUCAUGGUAUACAGGAGUACAGAACAUAACACUACUGGGGAGUCUCCAUCCAAACUUCUAUUGGAUAGGGAACUUCGAUGUUCUCUCGAUAUGCUAGCGCCAGAAUUACCUGCCCAUCCAGAUCAGACUAAGCAGUUACUGAAAUGCAAAGUUCAAGAGUGUCAAGAGAGACAAAAGAAAAGACAUGAUCGUACGUCUCAUGAAAGGAAACUCUUUCAAUAA